AUGGCGGCGCCCUGCGCGGAGAUGGAGCCGGCGGCGCCUCCUCCUUCCCCUCCUCCCGCUCCCACUCCCGCCGCCGCGCCGGGCUCGGCCGGGCUCGUGUGCGCGCAGGGCCGCAACCUGCGGGCGGUUCUGUGCCAGCGCUGCGGCUCCCGGGUGCUGCUGCCCGGCGCCGCCACCUUCGCCCGCCGUGAGCUCCUCCUGCCCGCCAUGAGGAAGAAGGCGGCGGCGGCGGCGGCGGGAGGCGGCGGGGACGUGCUGCGGGAGCACUGGCUGGUGCGCGACAUGUUCUCCUUCGAGAACGUGGGGUUCACCCGCGACGUGGGCAACGUGAAGUUCCUGGUGUGCGCCGACUGCGAGGCGGGGCCCAUCGGCUGGCACUGCCUGGACGACAAGGACAGCUUCUACGUGGCUCUGGAACGCGUGGCCCACGAGUGACCGCGGCCCCGGGCACCGGGCUGGCAGCUGGGCUCGGCCGCCAGGAGCCCCGACAGCCCUGAGAGCCACAGCCCGGGCUGGGGCCCAGGGCACUGCCCACGGCUGGGCACCCCAGUGUCUGACUGACCACAGCCCGGCUGGGCACCCCAGUGUCUGACUGACCACAGCCCGGCUGGGCACCCCAGUGUCUGACUGACCACAGCCCGGCUGGGCACCCCAGUGUCUGACUGACCACAGCCCGGCUGGGCACCCCAGUGUCUGACUGACCACAGCCCGGCUGGGCAGCCCAGUGUCUGACUGACCACAGCCCGGCUGGGCACCCCAGUGUCUGACUGACCACAGCCCGGCUGGGCAGCCCAGUGUCUGACUGACCACAGCCCGGCUGGGCACCCCAGUGUCUGACUGACCACAGCCUGCCUGCCCUGUGGUGUGACUGACCCACAGCCUGACUGGUCGCCUCACGUGCCAGGUCCACAGGCUGAGCAACACCAGGAAGCGCAGCCCUGGCACAGCCAACUCCUCUCCCACACAGGAAGGAUGGUGGUGGUGGGAGGGUCCCCUGUGACCUGCAGGGACAUCUCACCAUGACAGUUUUGCCAAAUAACCCGAUCUGCCACUGUCUGCUCUGUCGCUUCCCUCGUGGCUGCUGUUGCUCCAAGGUGCUGGGAUGCCUCUCAGGCUGCUGGCUCUGUGGCACCGUGUGAAUGUGGGCACUGGGAAGGGGCGAGGGGAGGACACGACUGCUGCACUGAGUUGUCGUGGCAGCUAAAAUUGUCUGACUUACAGCCAGAGCAGUUGCGGGGUUUAAGGCUGAAUCUUCUGCUCAUUUUCAGAAGGAAUGUUCCCUGCCCCAAGGCCUAACAUUUACAUUCUCCAGAAUCUCAUCCCACCUGACAGCUGUACACUGUGGGAGUGUGUGGCACCUGAAGUGAGUGUAAGGCAUUCCAGCUAACGUGUGCAGUUCCAUUAACUGAGUACCUGGAAACCAAACACAGUACAGGUAAAGCAGCUGAGAGCAGCACAUAAAGAAAAUGUGCCAGAUCAUAGUGUUUUCAGGCAGCAAGAGUGAAGAGGUUCCAGCCUGAAAAGGAUCUGAAUCAUUGGACAGGCAGUGUGCAGUGACUGUAUGUGCCAGUGCUGAAGCAUGUCAGAGUAGCCACUUGUGUAUGUUUUGAAGAAGUCAGGAAAGAGUUUCUCUUCUGUAAAAGCACCUGGGAAGAGCAAUCUGGUAUGUUGUGACCAGUUUUAGUCUCUGCCUUUUAAAAGCUGGGCACAAAGCUGACUGAAAAUGGAAGGAGGCUGCAGCAGCUGUUACCUGCAUUUAUCGUGGCCCAGUUCAUUCUCCAUUGCAGACUCCAGACUGAGUGACAGAGCAGCUCUCCAGGGAUGCUCUGGGGUCCCUGGUGCUCUGCCUCUGCUCAUGAACACUUGGGUACUGACCCAGCUGUGAAGGCGCAGCUGUCACCGUGCUGGGAUGAUGGAGUUGUUUGGGCCACCAAACUCCAGGUGGGUUUUACCUGCAGAUUGAGGACAUUUCUGCCUCAAGGCUGUGCGAGGGACCUUCCCCCCUCUCCUCUAAUGAAGCAGUUUUGUUGGCAGGAGUCUCUAAGGCAGGCACAGCCUUGGGCAAGGCUCCCGGAAAGGCCUCCUGACAGCGGGAGAGGGAGAAACAAGCCUCUUGUCCCUGCAGGAUUUGAGCACCUGCACUUUUAAGAUUUGGAGACUCUGCCUUAAAUGUAGAACAACCAAGGUGCUGGCUGUGCUGGGGCUGCUCCAUCAGGAACUUCUGCUGUGGGCAGUCAGGAUUUUUCAGAGGAGGGAGAGGAGCAGAGCUGUAGUCUGGGGGCUGAGGCUCUUGCUGGAGCAGGAGGUGAAUCCUGUGCUGUGCCCUUGUUAAAUGUGUCAGAUGCACAUUUGACAUGAAAACUGCUGCUUCCCUCCUGCCCUUCCUGUCUCUUAGCUCUCAGCCCAGUGACUCAACAGGUUCAUCAAGGGGAUGUACCUCAAAAGGCAGGAGAGCUUCACUUGGGUUCUGCACAGGCACAGCAAAAUGGUGGGAUCAUGUCACUAAUUUCACACUUUCACUUGGAUUGUUGUCUGUUGGGGAACAUGUUUUGACCUGUGAUGCCUCAGUUAUAGUCUGUGUUACUUAAAUAUAACAUGUGCUGCACAAGCUUCAUUUUGAAGGCACCACUGUGCAGAACAGGUUGUGGAAAUCAGCUUGGCUAACGCUGAGUAACUGACCUUCAAAAAAUAGUACAUGUAUGCUGAUACUGGGGAGUAGUGGGUGGCACUGGGACGGAGCUGGGGGGUGGUGGCAGCUUUCCCAGUUAGUAGAACACUUCUGGAUGGGUGGGAGACCUCAGGUCAAAGGCUUUCACAUCAGAAUGGCAGCGAUUUGAAUCCACCUCGGUGCAGCACUGCUCAGUGAUGAGUGCUGGGAGCUCCUGCUGCCCUUUGGUGGGAGAGGGGAGGGGAGUCCUCCGUGGAAUCCAGGUGUGCUUCCUGCUGACUCCUAAAUAUAGAACAGGAGCACACAGACUGUGGAAGUGCCAAGAAGAAAUGAACAGUCUGAUGGGAAUUCUUGAGACGAAGCUUUUGUGCCAUGAGAUCUUGGAGAUCUUUUCAGCCUCCUGUGCUGUUAGUGGAGCUUUGGGGGAUGAAUGUCCUGGUCAGCAGACAUGGGGGAAGGGCUGCUGCUCCUGCACUGGACACACCACCAGGCUGGGGAGCUGCUGAAGUGCUGUGCUGUUCCUGUGUCAGCGAGAGCUAAUAAAAAUUCUGAUAGACUUACAAAUAAACAUAAUCUUUUCACUGCUUUUUAU